UGCAUCCACUGCGACUGAGAGAGUCCCGGCGUCACUGCCCUUUUCUAGGGCAAAACUUUGCCCCCGUUUCUUCAAGAUUAGGGCAAGUUUCUUCAAUGGAGGACCGUAAAGUGCUUAGAAGAUCGCCUGGAAUGGCGUCAAGCUCUGCAAUGCUCAGAAGAUCGCCUAGAAUGGUGUCAAGCUCUGCAAAUAUGGGGCAAACUUUGCCUUCUUCGAGCUUUGGUGGUUCAGUUAAAGAAACUCAUUUGCCCAGUUUAGGGCAUGGUUCUUCAAUGGAGGGCAAGAAAGAUCUCAGAAGGUCGCCUAGAAUGGCGUCAAGCUCUGCAAAUAUGUGGCGACCUGUGCUUUCUUCAAGCACUGAUAAUUCAGUUAAGGAAACGUCUUCUCCAAAUGUAGGCCAUGGUUCUUCUAGGGUUGACUGUAAAUUGCUAAGAAGGUCACCUAGAAUGGUUUCAAGCUCUGCAAAUAUGGGGCAAACUAUGCCUUCUUCAAGGACUGAUGGUUUAGUUAAAGAAGCUUCUUUGCCAAAUGUAGGGAGUGGUUCUUCAAUGGAGGGCAAGAAAGAGCUCAGAAGGUCACCUAGAAUGGUUUCAUGGUCCGCAAAUAUAGGGCAAACUAUGGCUUCUUUGAGCACUGAUGUUUCAGUUGAAGAAACUUCUUUGCCAAAUGUGUCGUGUGGUUCUUCAAUGGAGGGCAAGAAAGAGCUAAGAAGGUCGCCUAGAAUGUUGUCUAGAUCUCUAAAUAUAGGGCAAACUAAGCCUUCUUUGAGCACUGAUGGUUCAAUUAAAGAAACUUCUUUGCCAAAUGUAGGGCAUGGCUCUUCAAUGGAGAGCAAGAAAGAGUUAAGAAGGUCGCCUAGAAUGUUGUCUAGAUCUCUAAAUAUAGGGCAAACUAAGCCUUCUUUGAGCACUGAUGGUUCAGUUAAAGAAACUUCUUUGCCAAAUGUAGGGCAUGGCUCUUCAAUGGAGAGCAAGAAAGAGUUAAGAAGGUCGCCUAGAAAUGCGUCAUACUUUGAAAAUUUUGGGCAAAAUAAGCUGUCUUCGAGCAUUGAGCAUUCUGGUACAGCACUUUCUUUGCCAAAUUUAGGGCACGUAUCUUCAAUGGAUUACAAGAAAGCUCUCAGAAGGUCACCCAGAAUUGUUUUGUGCUCUGAAAAAUCAGGGAAAAAUAGGAGAUCUUUGAGCACUGACAGUUCUGUUAAGGUAGAUUCAUCCCCUGAUUCUGUGUGUGAGGUCUAUCAGAGGAGAGUGAAGAAGCAGAAAGUGGGGGAGAAAGUGACAAAUGAGGAAUGCAGGUUGAUUGGGGCUCCGGUCGACUUGGAGGAAGCGCACAACAGAUGGCCAUGGCGUUAUAAUGUCGAGAAAAGUGGCAGAAAUUCCAAGAAAAAUUGGUCAAUGGAUUCUGAUGAACUUAUUUUGGAUGUGAGAUGUCAUUACUUGCAAGCUGAUAUUUGUGGGCAUAAAUUUAAUCUAGGUGACACCGCCUAUGUGAAGGGCCAGAAGGGAGGACCCAACUACAUUGGUAGAAUCUUGGAGUUCUUUGAGACAAUGGAUGGAAUACAAUAUUUCAAUGCCCAAUGGUUUUUCAGGGCUGCAGAUACUGUUAUACAAGGCUUGGCUUCUCAGCAUGACAAGAAGCGUAUAUUUUACUCUGAUCUAAAAAAUGACAAUUUACUGGAUUGCAUCGUCUCCAAAAUCAAGAUUGUACAAGUAACACCAAAUGUAAAUUUGGCCAAAAGGAAGUCCAUUCCACCUUGUGAUUUUUAUUAUGAUAUGAGCUACUCCAUACCAUAUUCAACAUUUUCUAAUAUACUAUCUGAGACUUCAAAUGGGAAUAGUGAUUCAUUGUCAUCAGUUUGUACUGAAACUGGCUGUGUUAGUGAUAUAGCGAGUAAGUCUAGUACAAGGAAGGCAUCUAGGAGUAAUGAACCAGAAAGAACGGAGCUAACACUACUGGAUUUAUUUUGUGGUUGUGGUGGAAUGUCCACUGGAUUAUCCCUUGGUGCUAAACUUUCCGGUGUGAAUCUUGUGACUAGAUGGGCUCUUGAUCUGAAUGAAUCUGCUUGUCAAAGCCUGAAACUAAAUCACCCAGAAACAGAGGUCAGAAAUGAGUCAGCGGAAGAAUUUUUUGAGUUACUUAAGGCAUGGGAGAAACUAUGCAAGCAAUAUUGCCCCUCAGGAGUGGAAAAAGCACCUUCAAGGGGUUUGCAAUCUGAUGGGAACCCAAAGGAGGACUCUAAGAUUCCAUCGGGUGAAUAUGAAGUUUCACAUUUUGUUGGCAUUCGCUAUGGUGACCAUAUUGAAUCUGGAAAACGUGGUUUAAUGUUUAAGGUGCGCUGGAAGGGAUAUGGUUCUAGUGAAGAUACAUGGGAACCUAUUGGAAGUUUGGGUAAAUGCCAAGAGCGGACAAGAGAGUUUGUUCAAGAAGGCAUUAAAGCAAAUAUAUUGCCCCUACCUGGUGACGUUGGCAUUGUCUGUGGUGGUCCUCCUUGCCAAGGAAUUAGCGGAUACAAUCGUUUUAGAAAUGAAGAAGCACCAUUAGACGAUCCAAAGAAUCAUCAGCUGGUUGUAUUCAUGGACAUAGUCAAUUUCCUUCAGCCUAGAUAUGUUCUAAUGGAGAAUGUGCUUGACAUCUUAAAAUUUGCGGGAGGUUUUCUUGGGCGGUAUGCUUUGAGCCGCUUAAUUAAUAUGAAUUAUCAAGCAAGACUUGGAAUUAUGGCUGCUGGUUGCUAUGGUCUUCCACAGUUUCGACUUCGUGUAUUUUUAUGGGGCGCACAUCCUCAUGAGAAGUUGCCCCAAUAUCCGCUUCCUACGCAUGAUGUGGUUUUGCGAGGAGUUAUUCCUUGUGAAUUUGAGCCAAAUACUGUGGCUUAUGAUGAAGACCAGCCACGCAAUCUAAAAGAUGCAGUUCUCCUUGGUGAUGCUAUAUCUGACUUGCCCACUGUCACGAAUUUUGAAACACGUGAUGAGAUGCCGUAUGGUAAACCUCCACAAACCGAGUUCCAGAGAUACAUUCGAGCAACAAAACAUGAGAUGAUGGGUACCGCUCCUUCCUCUGUAAAGAGAAGUUCGCACAAGCCUAUGCUUUAUGAUCAUCGCCCUCUUCUUUUGAAUGAAGACGACCAUCAACGAGUUUGUCAGAUCCCAAAGCGAAAGGGAGCAAAUUUUAGGGACCUCCCUGGUGUUGUGGUUGGGGCGGACAAUAAAGUGGAAUGGGACCCGAAAAUCAAGAGGGUACUUUUACCAUCUGGGAAACCGCUGGUGCCUGAUUAUGCUAUGAGUCACUUAAAUGGAAAAUCCUCAAAACCCUUUGCGCGAUUGUGGUGGGAUGAAACUGUGCCAACAGUUUUGACCAGAGCGCCUCCACACAACCAGGCAAUCCUGCAUCCAGUGCAAGAUCGGGUGUUGACGGUUCGUGAGAGUGGAAGGUUGCAAGGCUUUCCAGACUAUUAUAAGCUCUGUGGAUCAGUUAGAGAUAGGUACAUGCAGGUUGGGAAUGCAGUGGCCGUGCCGGUGGCUAUGGCAUUGGGAUAUGCCAUGGGGUUGGCAUACAGAGGGUUGAGUAGCAAUGACCCACUCAUCACACUUCCAACUGACUUCCCCCUUAGACGACCCCCCUCUUCUUCUUCUUCUUCUGAGGUUGAGUAGAUCUUCUCUGAGUAGCCACUUCACCUUUCUUUCCUAUUAGAUCUCCCUUUCCAUGAGUUGUUUCUAUAGUUCAAAAGGCAAAGCACCACCCCAUUGGUGUUUUUCCCAUUGCAGUUUGAUUUCCUUGCUUGUUAACAUCUUUUGUUAUUGAUACAACAUUGGAUUUGAGGUAGCCUCCACAGAAACGAAUAAGGCAAUUGUUCACCUUUGUUUAUGGGCGUUAGCGUCGUAUGCUAUAGCUUCUUUAUUUAUCCUAGAAAUCUGGAUAUCUGUCUAAGUAAUUAUUAUUUGGUCCUGUUUGAUAAACAGGGUUUUUGAGUAUUGAGAAAUUCAAAAUUUUGGAUAAUGGUUUUGCUGUCGUUCCAUAUUGCAAGAGUACUCAUUAUUCUAAUGUAUGUUUUCCUUUAUUUGUUUGAUCA